AGAAAAAUUAAUUUGAGAUCACAGAUUAAUCAUUUUUCUUUUGGCCGGUGACCGGUGUUUUCCGACGCCGGCACUGUGCUGUUAAUUUUCUUCGGAAAAUAAAUUCCGGUUAAACCGGUUUUCUUAUGUGAAAUAUUUUGUUUGUUUAUAGUUUUCCGACUUGAUCGGUUUCACUUUCCGUUUAACGGAUCAUAAAUUUCGAGGUCUUCGGAUUUCCUUUCCUGUAAUCAGAGUCUUUUGCUUUUUUUAUUGAUUCCUUCUCUGCGAUCUUUUACUAAUCCUUAGUGAAGUAAAGGAUUUCUUAGGUUUGGAGGAAUCACUGGUCUUUUAAUGAUAAAACAAUCGAUUUCUGAUUAAUUGGAUAUUCUUGCUCUUUUUCUUCUAUUGAACCAUUUUCUUUCCAUCGGUUUAUGCAUGUUUUCUUUCAAUUGAGUGUAAAAUCUUACUCCGCCGUUAUGGAGCCGUUAAAUGGCUUUGGAGAUAAGUUUCUCUUGCGAAGGAAGAACAUUGUUUUUGAUAACACUUAAGUUGAUUAUGUGUAGAUUCAGUAGAGCUUCGGCGAAGGAUCUAUUUCUGAUCUAUUGGGUGUUAUUCUAGUAUAUUUCUUCCGGUGGUAAGUGGUGUUUCAAUCCGUUUGGUUAAUCGGUGAAAAGAGCAAGCAAUCAAACUUGAAGUGCAAGUUUAAUUAUGGCUGUGGAGAUUGAAGUAGCCGGAGGUGAUUUUCAGUUUGCAAGCGACGGUGUUCGAAGAUGCCCGGCGGUGAAGAUCGGUGAUGGGAACAGCGUUGAUACGCAGAUAGGUUCAGCGUGUGCCACGUGUAUUACUCAGUUUUGAUAAGAUUACGUGUGUCAAUACACGUGUAUCUUAUUAUGCUUUUGUUAUCUGAACCUUAUUUGCUUCUGGAUUUAAAAUAUUUGUGCCUCUUGUAUGUAGCCUAUUGGGCUUUAAUGAAAUCUGUUGUCGACAAAAAAAAAGAAAAAAAAAACAACGAAUGUCAACCAAAAAGACUCACCUAAAGAGCAAAAGUUGUGAAACAAAUACAUUCGAGAAGAAGGCGGGCCAGAAAAUGAGAAAUGGGCUUACAGUGUGGCCCAAUAGCGUCCUGAGAAUAUAGUCAAACGUGGUACAAAAGAGUAGACCGUUUUUAGUGAAGAGUAGAGUAAGGGGUGUUAUAGUCAAUUCAGUUGUUCGCCUGGUCCGAUUUUCUUCACUGUCGUCUUAUCUUCUUUCGAUUUCAAAAGUUUUCAAUCUCUUCCCGCUUCCGACGCCGGCCAAAAUUCAAACGUCUAUCAACAGUCAAUCAUCAUUCUCUGACCCACUUUCUAUUUCAAUCGAGGAAAUCUUCGAACCUAUUUCUGAUUUCCGAAUUCUGAAUCCCGACGAGCUUUUCUUACUGUUAGCAGAAAAACCCUAGUGAUACCGAUUUCCCCCCUCUUCAGAUCUCGGACGCUGCUAGACUCUUUAAUUAAGGGUGAGAUAGGGAGGUCUCUCAAUGGAGAAGGAUAUAUUAGAUAUCUCUGGAGAAGAAGAAGACUAUUGGCUUCUGAAAAAUACGCCAAUGAAAUGCGUUACGUCGUUUGCUGGUGGUAAUUCCGGCCGAGAAAAGAGUUAUUUUGAUUGCUCACCUCUCCAGAUCCCUAGAUCGAAUUGUACUGUUCCUACUCGAUCUCCUUUUUCUUCAAUUGGAAGAGUAACAGGCAACAACAGCAACAUUAAGCAGCUAAGUCCAUCUAUUGAUAUAGGCAGUGUAGGGAAGGAGAAUACUAGUGGGAGCAAUAUUGAAUUGCCCAAAUUGAGUGUGGAGCGACAACAGAUGAAAAAGAAGAAGAGGAAUGCAGGGUUUAACUUGCGGAAAAGCUUAGCAUGGGAUAGAGCUUUUUCAACAGAAGAAGGUGUUUUGGAUUCGGCUGAGCUCUCUAAAAUAACUGGAAAUGCUUGCCAAACUGGUGGAGACCUGUUACCUUCCAUCCAAGAAGAGUUCAGAGAUUCAACGUCAGCUUCCAAAUGUACAAGUGUUUCGCCAGGACUACAAGCACUUGAAGAAAACUUAUUUAACGAUUUGCCUUUGAAUAGUAAAAAGAGAGAGAAGAAGAUUGUGAGUGGCUCACUGUCAAAGUACGCACCCCCAUCUAAAACCCAAUCUUCCCUGGCCCAGAAAAAAGUAAGUGCAGGUCAGGAUUUAAGGAGCGGGUCCAAACGCAGUGGCUGUCCCCGGCCUCCUCCUUCAUCAUCCUUAAAAAGACCCGCAACUGUGCAUACAACAACACCACGUGGCAGAGAGCUGAGCGUAUCUAAAGUUUCUACUACCAAACCUGAUCCAGUUACAGUUGCAAACAACAUGAAAAGGACUACUCAAAGUCCAAGCAAAUCGAAACUAACUCAACCUACCCAAUCAAGGAAUUCUCAAAAGAGCUUAGGAUCAGUAAGCUUCUCUAAAAGUACUUCAAGCAUCAUUAGUAAAACAAAAUCUAGCCUGGCAAGCAAAUCUUCAAUUCCUAAGCCCUCUCUUACGCAAUCUAAAAGACAUGUGAUCUGCAAAAGAUCAGAACUUUCUUCAGUAUCCAACUCACAGCAUUCUGUUGUUGGGAAGUCCAACGAUGGCCCUAUGACUACUUCAGAUGUGGAUAUGCUUGGUCAUGUAUCAAAUUUACGCGACUCUAAUGUAAUUACUAUGGGCACCACAUUAGCUCAAAGUUCAUGCAAUAGAGUUGGAAACACGAACUCCGCAGUUUCCCCUCUGGGAAAGCCCUCAGGUUUAAGAGUGCCAUCACCGUCAAUUGGCUAUUUCAGUAAGUCCGAUUCUCAACCGUCGCACAGUUCAGAAGACAAACAUAGUCAGCUUCCUAGGUCUGAUGUUUCUUCAGCUUCUCGUUUUCCUUUGAUCCCCACCUUCAAGAAACCCCAAUUUUCUGAAAAAGUUCCCAGUGUUAACUCCAAGUCAGCAAUUGGAAACACCGGCAGUUCAGGUUCAGCUGCAGGUUUCUCUGCUCAAGAAAGGGUGAAAGUAGACUUGAAAAACACUCGGGAAAAGGAAUCUAAAGUGUCGUCUUGUUCAUUGAGUUCUCAGAAAAAUGAAAGCCUGCAGCAGCCAUGUAUCAUUCAAAGUGAUACUGGAAAACUAGUUCUGGAUGAUGUAACUAUUUGUACAUCUGAGAAGAUAUCUACUGUAAAGUGUUGUGAAGAUGUCCAGAGUAGCAGUGAGCUGCCGCCCUCAGGCUGCAAAAAUUAUGUACAAGAAAGUAAUAUGUAUGAUGAUUAUAUGGAUGAGAAAAGGAAGACUUUCUGCUCAGUAGAAUGCCCACUUUUCAAAGAUUCUAUGGGUUCUCCAUUGCAGGGUCUUUCUGGCGCUUCUGGCGUUUCUGGCGAUGACUUGAAAGUCAGCAAUCCAGGGGAACUAGAUAUUUGUACUACAAACGAAUUUAGUGGAGAUUUAGAUACAAUUGAUGUACAUGGACAACCACUAAAUGAAUGCGUGCACCCGGGAUGUGAAGAAGAGAUUAGCCUUUUCGUUUCUGGAGAAAAAGAUGCUCUAAUUGUUAAUCAUUUUACUGAAAAUGUAGCAAAGCAGCCUGAGGUUUUACAUUCCGUCACUGCAGAUCCAGUUUUCCUAGGGAAUGUUGCAUCAAGAAAAAGUGAUGUAGAUGAUCUGUCUUCUUCAGAAAUUCAGUUAGGUAAUACUGAAUCUGUUGUCAUUCCUUCGGGGCCUGUUAAUACACCAGAUUGUGUUCAAUCCUCAUGCAACCAUUUUGAGGAAAAUGCAAACUCUAUUCUGUGUGGUCAUAACAUGGUGUGUGAUGCUCAGGCUGUAUUAGAAAUGGAGAACAGAAUUGAAGUAAGCGACAACACAGAGACAAACUGUGAUUCUGAUUUCCUUGGUCCAUUUCCCGAUUGCAAAGACCUGUUGAGAGAAUCUGAAGAACAGCAUUUGUUGUGCCAAUUAGUCUCCGAGGGGAAAGAUGGCAGUCAUAAGAUAGAUGUCUUGACCAGAAACGAAAGAGCAGAUAGAGAUGAUGGUCCUGAUAUGCAGAUAGAUUGCUUUACUGGUUCUCCUGAUGUUGAGCAGAACAUGGAUCAAGUGAAAUUAUUAAUGCCUUCAUCUGCAGAAAAUAAGAUGGAGGAUAAACCGUUGGGAUCAUAUCAUGAAUCAUUCUCUGAGAAACUAACUUCUGAAAAGCAUAUGCAAUAUAACUGUUCCAGUGUUGCAAAUUCAUCUAAUGUAAAGGUUGUUCAUGUAAUGAAACAGACUGAUCAACUUGGAACAUCAGAUGGUUGUUGUCCAGCAAAAGAUGUAACCGCCACUGUUUUCUCUUAUUUAAAUGAGGAACUCGAAAAUAACUCAGAGCUGGAAGACAUGGAUCUGGUUACUGAUUCAGAUUUUUCAGAUGAGGAGCAUGAGGGUAAUUUGAAAUUGAAAGAAGUGGAUCUGGUUACUAAGUCAGAGCUCAUUAGUGACCUCGAUGAGUUUUCUGUCAAGGGCAUUCUUAAUCAAGAAUACCUGGAAGCAGAAGCUAUCCAUACUGCAUCUGACCAGUGUGGAAAAACUAAAACUCUACUAAGUGAAUCAGUUGGAGAUCCUGAGAUUCUAAAUGAGGACACAAAUUUGUCCAGAAUCUCCGAAGGCAUGUCGAAAGAGGAUUCAAACUCUGGAUGUAUUGAGUAUAACUAUUUUGGAAAAGCUGAAACCCAAAUAGGUACUGAAAAGGAUUUCAGUGCUCAGGUUACUGAUCAAGAACUCGGCUCUCAUGAAGAAGAAGAAGAAGUUCAAGUUAUAAAGAUCUUUCCUGAUCCUGUAGCAUUUGUGACCACAGAGGAAGAAUCAGGAACUCCAAUACCCAUGAAUAAGGCUUUCUCAAGCAGAGAUGAUCUGCAGCCUAAGGAGUUCAAUGUGCUGAGCGAUGACACUUUGACAUCAGAAAGCAAUAGAGUCCAUGCUUCUGGAAGCAGUAGCAGUAGUACAUGUUCAUCAAAAGGCAAUGAUAAGACCAUACAAAUGGAUGCUAAACUUGAGAAGAAACCUGAUCCUAUAAUUGUAAAGCCUCCAAAUGCUGUUCCGUUUUCUGACGAGUGGUUAGCUGCAUUUGAGGCUGCUGGGGAGGAAAUCCUAACACUAAAAAGUGGACGUGUACAACAUUCACCAACCGACAAAUCUGCUCCUGAACCAAGUCCAUGGUCUCCGGUCAAGAAGAAGAACAAUCAAGGAGUAGGACCAUUUGACUGUACAAAGUAUACCAACAAAGGUCUUCCUCCUGCUUUAGAAUGAAAACUAAGUUUCUUCUACUUUAACCAUUCUUUUCUUUGGCUUUUAACCCUUUUUAACCACUAUUAGGAGGUUAAAACU